UCCGCCUUUUACUUUUCGGCAGCCACUCUCCGCACAGGACUUCCCAUUGACUUUGCAAGGCUGCAUUCAACCCACCACAAGUCCCAAGUUUCGGAGUGCAAGGGAGAAGAAGCCCCAUAGUGUCGAUCUUUUUUAUUUGCGUAAUCUUUUUGAAAAGAAAAAGAGAGAAAAACACGAGAAGGGAUCCGUUUUACCUGUUGAUGAAGUCCCACCGGGCGUGGGACGCAGCGGAGCAGUCGGGUUUCUAGAAGAAAAGUCUGAAAUAGGUGCACCGUUCCAGUGGCCAGGAGGCGUGAAGGACCCUCGUAUUCCCCCCUUUCCCCCAGCAUUUACAGCCUGUGCUGUGUCGGUGGAAAAUGGGCACUCUGACCACUUCGAUCUGUGGACUUAUCCUCUCUUUCAUACUCACAUCGCAGCUUUUUACUGUGACACAGGCCUCCAAGGUAUGGGGAGAGGUUCCUCUGCCAGAAGAUUUGGAGGCAGAAAAAACUGUCCAGGGAUCUCAGAGUUUACUGGAUGAUGAUGAGGACUUUGCAGCUGAUGAAGCGUCAGGAGACCAGCCCAGUGGAGAGGAAUAUGGAAGCACACCGUGGCCUGAUAGCACAACACAUUGGUUGGAUUCUUCAUAUCUGAGGAACAUACAGAACCCAAGUGAGCACGACCAAAUUUAUUACAGAGCUUCUGUCAACUUCACCUCCCUGGUCUACGGUCCCGAAUACGAAGAAAUCUUCUCUCGUGAAUUUAUCGAGCUUUCUGAAGCAGUGGUGGACACGCUCGAGUCAGAGUACAACAAGAUUCCAGGUGUCCAGACAGUCAGUGUGAUCCUUGUUAAAAAGGAGAUAAGAGAGGAUGGCGUUGAUGUAUUUGUGGAAAUAGAUGUGGGAUCUGAAUACAACGCCAAUGAGGAACAGAUCCGCAGCGUGCUGUACAACGUGGUGAAGGAGGGAGCAAUUGCUUCCUACAGCACUUCGGUCCAGGGCUUUCAGUUCAGACGGCUUGGAGUAGCUGAACCUUUGCCUUCAGCGGAGCAUGUAGCAGACCCAGUAACCCCCAGUGUGAGACCCUGCAUGCCAGAUGAGCACAGGUGUGGUGAUGGGACAUGUAUCCUAAUGGAAUACCUGUGUGACAACCGACAAGACUGCAGAGACAUGAGUGAUGAGCUCAAUUGUGGGCCGAUUAUUCCGAUCAUCACAACCCCUGCCACCACAGUCGAUACAACCCAGAAGGUAGUGCGUCCCCCCGGCCAACCUGGACCCUGCAGAGUGGAUCAGGCUACAUGUCAGACUGGAGAGUGUAUACCUCGUGACUAUAUCUGUGACGGUCAGCGGGACUGCCCAGAUGGAAGCGACGAGUUUAGAUGUGGUACUCCAUCUCCCUGUGAACCCAACGAGUUCAAGUGUAAAAAUGGUCGCUGUGCACUCAAACUUUGGCGCUGCGACGGAGACAAUGACUGUGAGGAUAACUCAGAUGAAACCGACUGCCCCUCCAAGGGCCCCGAUGACAGGUGUGCUCCUGAGCAGUUUGAAUGCCUGAGUGAUAACAAAUGUAUCCCAGCUAGUUACCAGUGUGAUGAAGAGCCAGACUGUGAAGACCGCUCCGAUGAGUAUGGCUGCACCCCUCCUGCUGUAACAAGCCCCCCAGAAGAGUCAGUUCAGGUUGCACGGGGAGCCACAGUAACAUUCACCUGUCAAGCUGUUGGAGUGCCAACACCCAUUAUCACCUGGAGACUCAACUGGGGACACAUUCCUACCAGCAACAGGAUUACCGUGACCAGUGAUAAUGGCCGUGGGACCCUCAUUAUUCGUGAUGUGAAGGAGUCAGAUCAGGGGGCGUACACAUGCGAGGCCAUUAAUGCUAAAGGCUUGGUGUUUGGCAUCCCAGAUGGAGUGUUAACUCUUAUUUCAAAUCCAAACCAAGGCAACUGUCCUGAUGGUCACUUUAGCGUGAAUGGCCGCUGUUUGUCCUGCUUCUGCGGUGGAAUCUCUAAAAAUUGCAAGAGCACUGGACGUUAUCGCAACCAUAUCAGUCUGCGGUUCACAGAGGAGGAAAACUUCAAAGGAGUGAACGUUACCUACCCAUCGAGGCCUGGUACUCCUCCUCUUUCCUCCACUCAGCUCCUUAUUAACCCGGAGAUGGAAGAGUUCCAGCUUGUCGACCUCUCACGUCGUUUCCUUAACCUCGACUCCUUCUGGACCUUGCCUCGCCAGUUCCUGGGCAAUAAAAUCGAUUCCUAUGGAGGAUCAUUGAAGUUUAAGGUGCGGUACACACUAGCACGCGGAUUGUCCGAGUCUGUGGAGAAGCCAGAUGUGACGCUGGUUGGAAAUGGGCGCAGGCUUGUGUACCGCAGAGGCAAUGGCACCCCUCCCAAUGUGGUCAACCAAAAGGAGAUCAGAUUCACUGAAGACAACUGGCAGCACUCCAGUGGUCGUUCUGUGACCCGAGAUGAGCUGAUGAUGACCUUGGCCAACCUGGAAAGCAUCAGCAUCCGCACCAACUAUGAUAACCACAUGGUCAGUGUGGCACUCAGUGACAUUGUCAUGGAUACCACGACUGUGGAGUUCAGCGUUUUGGGUCAUGCUAAGGACGUUGAAGAAUGCAGAUGUCCUCCUGGAUACACAGGCCUGUCUUGUGAGAUGUGCUCUGCUGGUUUCGAGCGUGUUCCUGGUGGCUUGUAUCUGGGAACCUGUGCUGGUUGUAAUUGUAAUGGACAUGCUACUGCCUGUGAUCCAAUCAGCGGACAAUGUCUGAGCUGCCAGCACAACACAGAGGGCCCUCAGUGUGACAAGUGUCGUUCUGGCUACUUUGGCGACCCAAGCCGAGGCCGCCCUGAUGACUGCAAGCCCUGCCCUUGCCCGUACACUGAGACAUCACGACGGUUCUCUGACACCUGCUUCCUGAACAUUGACCAACAGCCAACAUGUGACGCAUGCAGGCCCGGCUAUACAGGAAGACGCUGUGAAAAGUGUGCUCCUGGUUAUCAGGGUAACCCUCUUCUGCCUAAUGGAAAAUGUGUCCCUGUCUCAAACCCAUCUACCAAGUGUGAUGAGAGAGGAAUUGUCAGCUCCAGCAGCGGGCCAUGCAGCUGUAAGAACAAUGUGGCAGGCGCUCUGUGUGACGAGUGCAAGCCUGGGUUCUUCCACCUAUCAGGGUCCAACGCUGAAGGCUGUCUACAGUGUUUCUGUAUGGGCGUCACCAAACAGUGUUCCAGCUCCACUUGGAAUAGAGAACAGGUGCGGGGCGGCGUAAACGGGCAACUCUUCUCCCUCUCCAAUAGUGCCAACACUAAUACCAUCACUGAAGGCAUCUCACAAAGGGGCUCCUCUGAAGUUGUCUACCGUUUCUUCUCGAGUCUCCCUAAUGACAUCUACUACUGGGUCCUGCCUGAGAACUUCAGGGGAGAUAAGGUGACAGCUUAUGGCGGAGAGCUUCGCUACACAGUGAGCUUUGAACCAUUUCAGCGCUCUCUUGUGAUUGAUGGUCAGCCAGAUGUGGUUCUCCAAGGCAAUGGAAUCUUCCUGGAACACUACGCUCAAACCAGACCGCUCCCACGUCUCCCACAAAUUGUCACUGUGACCUUCCGAGAGUCUGAAUGGCGUCGUGCUGACGGACAGCCGUGUACUCGUGAGCACCUACUGAUGGCGCUGGCAGACGUUGCUGUCUUCAUGAUCAGAGCCAGCUAUGCCGACAAUUUGGCUGAGAGCAGUGUCUCAGAUAUCCAGAUGGACAUUGCUGUUCCUCACUCAACUGGGUAUGAACGUGCUCUGGAGGUGGAAGAGUGCGCCUGCCCUCAAGGAUACAGAGGACCAUCUUGCCAGGAAUGUGACGAAGGGUAUACGCGGACUACCUCUGGGCUUUACCUGGGCACAUGUGGGAGGUGUGAUUGUAACGGUCACGCCAGCAGCUGUGACCCGGAGACCGGCAGGUGUCUGCAAUGUCUCCAUAACACUGCUGGCUCAAGAUGUGAGCGCUGUCAAAAUGGUUUCUAUGGAGACCCUGUCACGGGUGGUGCUCAGGCCUGUAAGCCCUGCUCCUGCCCUGGAAUCUCUUCUAAUAACCAAUUCUCCACGACCUGCUAUCUGGAUUCUGACGGCCAGCCGACCUGUGACAACUGUCCUCUUGGAUUCACUGGCCGACGCUGUGAAAGAUGUGCUCCAGGAUACACUGGUAAUCCAAUGCUUGGACAGAGCUGUAAAGUUGGCAAUGGACGUGAUGAGUGCUAUAACUGUGACCAAAGAGGGCAUGAAAGCUGCAAUAGUGGUGUGUGCAACUGCAAGAUGAACGUUGAAGGCCAGUAUUGCUCCACCUGUAAGACUGGGGCCUUCCAUCUGAGCCAAGAAAACAAAGAUGGCUGCCUGUCCUGCUUCUGUAUGGGUGUCACUCAGCAGUGCUCCAGCUCAACCUACUACAGAGAUCUGGUGUCCUCAGUCUUUUCUCCAGGGAACUUCCAGGGAUUCGCUCUGGUCAACCGUCAGCGCACCAGUCGCAUUUCCACUGGUUUCACUGUAGAGAUUUCCAAUGAAGGCACUCAGCUGUCCUACAGUAACUUUGACUACCUGGGACAGGAGCCUCACUACUGGCAGCUUCCAGGAGUUUACCAGGGUGAUAAGGUGGGGUCCUAUGGUGGAAAACUUAAAUAUACCAUUUCCUAUGUGGCUGGUCCGAGAGGAACGCUCCUUGAUGAUGCUGACGUUCAGAUUAUUGGUAAUGACAUCACCUUGGUAGCCCGUCAGCCUUGGCAGCGGAGGCAACAGGGCAGAGAGAUGAAUACAUUUGAGAUCGUCUUCAGAGAGGAAAAUUGGCGUCGACCUGAUGGCAUGAUUGCCACUAGAGAGCACCUGAUGAUGGUUCUGGCUGAUCUCGAUGACAUCCUGAUUCGAGCAUCCUACUCCACAGAGAUGCGCUCCUCCAGCAUCUCUGACAUCAGCAUGGAAGUUGCUGUGCCCAACUACAGCGGCUUGGCACAGGCCCUCGAGGUGGAGCAGUGCCGAUGCCCACCUGGAUACCAGGGACUCUCCUGCCAGGACUGUGCUCCUGGCUAUACCCGCACCGGUGGUGGCUUGUACCUGGGUCACUGUGAGCUCUGUGAAUGCAAUGGUCACUCUGACUCCUGUCACCCGGAGACCGGCAUCUGUACAAGCUGCCUACAUAACACGCAGGGUGAGCUCUGUGAGCAGUGUGCUCCUGGUUUCUUUGGUGACCCCACUGUUGGCACUCCAGAAGACUGCCAGCCAUGUGCCUGCCCUCACACUGACCCAGACAACCAGUUCUCCCCUACCUGUGAGAGCCUUGGAAAUGGAGGUUACCAGUGUACUGCCUGUCAGCCUGGCUACACUGGCCAGUACUGUGAACGUUGUGCUCCUGGAUAUGUUGGAAACCCACAGGCAAGAGAGAAGUGUCGUCCAAAUGAUGUUGCAGCCCCACUCGUAGUCAGAAUUUAUCCAGAGAGAGUCCUAGUGCCACAGGGAAACCCUGUCACUCUGCGGUGUCAGGUGUCUGGAUCACCUCCGCACUAUUUCUUCUGGUCGAGAGAAGAUGGACAGCCAAUCUCCGGCAGUGCUGAGAGACAUAGACAAGGAGCCGAGCUGUACUUCACCAGCGUCCAGCCAAAGGAUGCCGGUGUUUACAUCUGCACCUGCCAAGACCAGCGCAGCACUAACAGGAGCCACGCUGAAAUUGUUGUCACAAGUGUCCCUUCCAAACCUAUCCAGGUAAUCGUUGAAGAGCCCAAAUCCCAGACUAUAAGGGUCGGGUCUACUGUCCAAUUCAUCUGUACUGCACAGAGCAAGUCACCAGCCUACACUCUGGUCUGGACUCGAAGCGGCAAUGGGAAACUUCCCAACCGUGCCAUGGACUUUAACGGCAUCCUAACAAUUCAGAAUGUCCAGCCUGAGGAUGCAGGUGUCUACAUUUGCACAGGUUCCAACAUGUUUGGCAUGGACGAGGGCAGAGCCAUCCUCUACGUGCCAGAGGCCUCACAGACUCAGAUGUUUUACACAUCCUAUGAAAUGUUUGAAGGACGCAGACAUACUGCAGAGGGGGCCCGGCCUCUGGCCACUGUAACUCCCUCAGUGCUGAACGUCUAUCAAGGCCAGAGGGCAGAGUUCCACUGCACAGUAACUGGAAACCCAACCCCUGCCAUCGAAUGGAUUGGAGGUCCAGGUAACCGAAUGAGUCAGAGAGCAGUGAUACGAGGUGGCAUACUGAUCUUCACCUCAGUGGACGCGGCUGAUGAGGGAGACUACACCUGCAAGGCCCUAAACACGCAUGGCGAGCACACAGCGCGGGUUUCUCUCCUUGUCCAAAACUCUAACCCUAGCGGUCUAGGCAACCUACCUCAAGUCCAAGUCAGUCCUCAAAAUACAGAAGUCCAAGAAGGUGACACAUUGAGGUUGUACUGCAGAGCAUCGGGAUCACCCACCCCGAAGCUCACCUGGCUGAAAAAUGGAGGACAAAUCCCCCCUCAGGCUAUUCCCUCUCACGGUUUCCAUCAGUUUAAAAGCAACAGUCUCGAUGUGUUACAGAGACGUAUUGAGGACCUGCAGGCUCGUAAUGACCGCACCGACAUCGGUACUCUGUUCAUCCCUAAUAUCAAGGUGGCCGACUCGGGUACUUAUAUGUGUGUCGGCAGCAACAGCAUUGGCUCAAAUAGUGCUCCCAUUAAAGUCAGUGUGCACAAAGCUGAUCAUAGCUAUAAUGUGGUGAGCAUCCAACCAUCCAUAGCUGAUGUCCAAGUAGGCCACAAUCUGGAGCUCAAUUGUUUUGCGCCAGGAAAUCCUCCUCCCCCUGUCAUCUGGACUAAAGCUAGUGGACACCUCUCUGCCAAUCACCAGGUUGUGGGCAGUCAGCUACGAAUCCUGUCAGCUACUGCAGACGACUCAGGAGAGUAUAUCUGUCGAGUACAAGGAAACCCCGGCAGCUCUGGAUCUCGUGUCCAUCAGGCCUCUGUCUCUGUGUCUGUUACUUCGUCUUCUUCACGCCAGCAGAGCCCAAUCAUUGCCAUUGAACCCCACAGCGCUGCAGUGCGUGUAGGAUCACCGUUAGAUGGAGUGGAACUGGCCAUACAGCCAUUGCCAGACAAUGUCAAAGUCAGCUCUGAUGGUUCUGUUAUUACCAUUACCAAUGCACGCACCAUCAACCAUGGUGCCUAUCGCUGUGUGGCAAGCAACCCAUUCGGCAUCACGCACACCAUAGUGUCUUUGAUUGUUAAGGAGGCUCCUGUGGCCACGGUAACCCCUGUCGGGCCUGUACAGAUUAGGGUGGGUGAGCCCAUUAACCUGGAAUGCCAAGCUUCAGGAGAGCCCCGCCCCUUGGUUUCAUGGCACAGGCUUGACAACAACCGCAAGGUAGUGCUGAGCAGUCCUGUGCUCGUGGAGUCCAACGCAGUCAUGCAGAUACUAGCAGCACGUCCAGAAGACAGUGGCACAUAUGUGUGUGCAGCUCGAAACAAUGAAGGUACUACUGAGACCAGGGUGGAAGUAAUUGUCGAGGGAGGAUCCCAGUUGCCUACAGUGCCCAGGGCCUUUGUUCCUGAACCGCUUAUGAUUGUAGUGGAGGGUCAAACUGCAACACUGCGCUGUGAGGCCCACGGUUUCCCUGCCCCAGAAAUCAGGUGGACCAAGCUGCGGUCCCCUCUGCCUUGGCGGCACACGCUUGUGAACAACAGCUUGGUGUUGCAAAACGUUGGCAGACAAGACUCUGGAGAGUACAUCUGCAGUGCCACCAACAACAUGGGCACCACUAAAGUCACCAUUACGUUAGAUGUAGAGACUCCUCCGUAUGCCACCUCUGUGCCUAAUGAUGUGGCUGUGCGGGUUGGGGAGGUGAUCAGGUUGCAAUGCCUGGCCCAUGGAACUCCUCCUUUGACCUAUACUUGGACCAAGCUGGAUGGAAACCUCUCGCCAAGGGCUGAGGUUAGGGAAGGGGACCUCCAGAUAAACCUAGCUACCUCUGAGGAUGCUGGAAGCUACAAGUGUGUGGCCAGCAACAAAGUGGGCAACAGUGAAGUGAUUGCAAAAGUCACAGUCAGAUCUCCGUUGGCAGUGCGUGUAGCACCACAGGUUGAAGUAAAAGCCCAGGGCAGUGCUGUGGAGUUCACCUGUUCAGCAGCAGGUGGUGUAGAAACCAAGAUUGAGUGGCUAAAGGAAGGAGGAGCCCUUCCACCAAACAGCCACAUCAAGGAUGGAGUGCUCAGGAUUGAGAACCUAGAGCAAAGCAAUGAAGGUGUUUAUAUCUGCCGAGCUAGCAGCGUGUAUGGUCAAGCACAGGACACUGCUCGUUUGACAAUCCAAGCCUUGCCAAAGGUCAUGAUCAAUGUGCGUACCUCAGUGCAGACAGUUAUGAUUGGGAACUCUGUGGAGUUUGAAUGCCAGGCUGUUGGUGACCCAGAGCCCACAGUAAAGUGGAGCAAAGUCGGUGGGUCUCUGCCACCUCACAUUGUAGUGAAGGGUGGCAUGCUGAAGAUUGAACAGGUGACAGAGGCCGAUGCUGGCCAGUACCGCUGCACAGCCACCAAUGAUGUGGGCUCAGUACAGUCUCAAGUGGUCCUGAAUGUCCAGUCCCUUCCUCAAAUUGCUGCUCUGCCAAAAACGAAGGAGGUGGCAGUUGGGUCAGAUGCAGUCUUGCCUUGUGUGGCCUCAGGAUAUCCUGUUCCUGAUAUCAAAUGGUCUAAGCUUGAUAGGGAGCUUCCUGCUAAGUGUUUCCAAGAAGCCAACGUGCUGACAGUUCCUCGGGUCACCCAUGAGGAUUCUGGCACAUACGUCUGUACAGCCUCAAACAAGCAGGGCAAAGUGGAGUCCUUUACUACACUUGAAGUCCAUGAGAGAGUGAUGCCAUAUUUUGCCCAGGAACCUUCGUCGUACCUCACCCUGCCAACUAUCAAAAAUGCUUAUAAAGCUUUCAAUAUUAAGGUCAACUUUAGACCUGAUAACGUUGAUGGUAUGAUUCUCUACAAUGGCCAGAGAAGGACUACAGGAGCUGACUUUAUCUCUCUGGGGCUUGUGGGUGGCCGCUUGGAAUUCCGGUUUGAUGUGGGCUCUGGCAUGGCCACCAUACGUGACCCGCACCCUAUUAAACUGGGAGAGUUUCACACAGUUGAGCUGCAUCGCAACCUCACCCAAGGAUAUAUUAUUGUAGAUGGAGGAGAGCCCAUCAAUGGCAGCUCACAGGGCAAGUUCCAGGGUCUGGAUCUCAAUGAGGAGCUUUAUGUGGGUGGUUAUCCCAACUACACAGUCCUCACCAAAACUGCUGGAAUUAAGACUGGUUUUGUGGGCUGUAUUCGUCAGCUAUUCAUCCAGGGUGAGGAAAUCAUCUUUAAAGACCUUGACCGCAGCUCUACUGGUGUGACAAACUGUCCUACCUGUGAAGAUAAACCAUGUCAGAAUGGAGGGAUGUGUGAGGAUUCAGAGGCUAGUUUGUAUAAGUGCAGCUGUCCCAGAGGAUUUACAGGCAGCAACUGUCAGCACCACUCUUCUCUCCACUGUCACUCGGAGGCCUGUGGACCAGAUGCUACUUGCAUCAACCGCCUGAAUGGCCUUGGCUACGACUGCCGCUGCCAUCUUGGCAAAUUUGGGGAUAAAUGCAUGGAUGGGGAACUGGUUACCACGCCACUGUUUGAUGGUGAGGAGUCAUACAUCGCCUAUCCUCCUCUGACCAACAUCCAUGAUGACCUGCGUGUUGAGCUGGAGUUCAAGCCAGUGCAGAGAGAUGGCCUGAUCUUCUUCUGUGGUGGGAAAAAAAUGAAGGUGGAGGAUUUCGUCGCCAUUUCCAUGGUGAAGGGACAUGUAGAGUUUAGAUAUGAACUGGGCACAGGCCAGGCGAUACUUGUCAGUCCUGAGCCAGUCUCUCUGGGGCAGUGGCACAGAGUUGUGGCUGAGCGGAACAAGAGGGAUGGCCACCUGAGGGUCGACCAAGGUCCAGUGGAGAGAAAGACAUCUCCGGGCAAAGCCCAGGGCCUCAAUAUUCACACCCUCAUGUACAUAGGAGGAGUGUCCAACAUGGACAUCCUGCCUAAGCCUGCUAAUGUCAGUGACAUGUUUAAGGGCUGCAUAGGAGAGGUUUCCAUCAACAACAAGAAGGUGGAUUUGUCCUACAGCUUCACAGAGAGUAGAUCUAUCAGUAAAUGUGUGGACAGAAGCCCAUGUGACCGGCGGCCCUGUCUGAAUGGUGGUCACUGCAUGUCUAGUGCUGAGUAUGAGUACCAGUGCCUCUGUAAGGAUGGAUUUGAAGGUGAACGGUGCGAGAUAGUGAAGGACGCGUGCCAUAGCAAUCUUCAUUGCCAGAAUGGAGGCAUCUGCAUCAACAGCCAGUGUGUGUGUACACCUGGGUACACAGGUCUCAACUGUGAGGAAGUAUUAUCAGGCCAGGUCGUCAGCUUCCCAGAGGCCCUGAGGAAUUUGGAGUCUAGCGAGGCGAAUGAUUCACCCUAUCAGUAUGCAGCUCAUUUCAACAAUAAUGGAUACAUUGCACUUCCUAAAUCCAUUUUCCCAAGAAGUGCCCACGAUUCACCAGAAACAAUUGAAAUGGAGAUCAACACCAGCUCCUCUGAUGGCCUGAUCCUAUGGCAGGGAGUGGAGACCAAUGGUGCACGCAUUUUGCGAAAGGUGCAUGCUAUUAAAAAGGAACCUGGAGAACAUGGCAAACGCAAGGACUUUAUUAGCCUCGGCCUACAGAAUGGACGCCUUGUUUUCAGUUACCAACUGGGAAGUGGAGAGGCACAAAUCUUUUCCGACAGGUCAAUCAAUGACGGCAGAUGGCAUAAGAUCACAGCAGUCAGAACUGGAAAAGAUGGCUAUAUCCAGGUUGAUGGAGGAGCCAAGCUGCAUGGACAAUCUAAAGGCAAAAGCCUCAUGGUCAACACCAAAGGCAGUAUAUAUCUUGGUGGAGCCCCGGGUAUGACUGCCAUGACAGGAGGGAAGUUUUCAUCAGGAAUGAAGGGCUGUGUGAGGAACCUGGCACUGAUGAAUGCUCGGCCAGGACAGCAGCCAGCCCAGGCCAUUGACCUGGAAGCCCACGCGGCCCAUGGCAUCAACGUGCAGCCAUGCUCUUCAUAGACUGCUGCACACACGUACACAAACACACAUAGAGACUUUGAAGAAACAUCACACACACACACACACACACACACACACACACACACACACACACACACACACACACACACACACACACAGCAAACCUACACAAAAAGACUUACACAAAUAGAGCCUGACACAUACUUGGUGCUUUGCUGCUACCAAAAAAAAAAGAUUACACAACAAGAUGCAUUUAUCUGUGUGCAGUAAAACCAAAAAAAAGACAGAAAAAUUCAGACAAUAUUAACACGUCUUCUCUUCCUCGGUGUUGUAUUCUUGAUGAAGGACUAUUAACACAGGAAAACCAGUACAGUUUACAUACUUCCAGCAGUAGAAUUAGCCAUGAGAAAAGUAAAACAUAUUAGGCCUUCUACGAUGGGUCAGAUCCUAAGGAGGUGGAGAUGUUUUUACAGCACUGAAUUUUUAUUUAUAUACAUAUGAUUAUAUAUAUUAUAUCUGUGGGGGGAAACAUGCAAACUAACCAUAACUGCUCUUCAUCUUUCCUAGAAUUGUUUCUGGGUUCUAGUACUCUGUGUCCUGGGCUUUUUAAAGGCCUAACUGUAUUAAUACCUGAAGACUUUUAGGCCUUCUUUCUUCACUUCUGUAGAGGAACCUUUUCAUUGCGAGCAUGCUUACAGUCUUUCCUGAACCGUUGGGAGAGGAGUGCACAUGGUCACAGUCACUUGCAGCUUCAGCACACAACUCAGGACGUCAAAUACAAAUGAUUAAAAGCUAAGGAUAUAAGUACCGCUGCUUCAGCUUGGCUUAUUGUUGAUUCACUAGUAAUUUGCAGUGCUUUUUGUCUUCUGUCUAUAUAUUUUUUUUAUUUUUAAAGAAAGAAAUCUUGGUGCUAAGGUGAGACAUUAAAAUACAGCACAUAGUCAAAUAGUUAAUAUGUCACAUGUAGAGGUUUUAUUUAGUAAUUUGGCAUAGAUCAGCAUACAGUCAUUACUUUUGUUGAUGUGCAUGGCAUUUUUGGAUUGAUUUAAUGGCGGUAUGGCAUUGUUUGUUGCCUCAACAGCCUUAUUUGAUUGAGUAGAUCUCAAAGAAGGAGUUUAAGUGAACUGAAAAUGUGUCAUUUUUUAUGUAUGGUUAUUGAAGAUAUUGUUUUAUGUGUUAAACUAUCUGCCAGUCAGGUAGAUAUCUGUGUCAACUAAGAAUGAGUGUAUAUGUGAAGUAAAUUUGUUUGUUAUGUAUGUUUUAGACCUUUCCGUUUUUUCACAGAACACUCCACAUUCAGCCGCAGUAAGGGUCAGAUGUGUGCAUUUGGGUUUGUGUGUGUGUGCAUGUGUCAUUAUCCAUAUCCUCAGGAGGAUCAAUACAGAACUGCCUCAAGGUUUUACACAGGUUUGGUAGCUUUAGAGACACCUCACUAAGCUAUGAAACUCUGAAGGCUCUGUGGUUCUAUGGGAUGUUUUCUCUCCAAAGAGAGAUUCAUCCGCAGCACAUAGUUGGAUUAGUGUUUGGCCAUGUGUGAAUGCAGUGGAAGCCUCCUGCAGGUGCUGUGAUCAAUAGUGUAGCUCUAAUAAAAUAAAGCAUGCUCGCAAGCCUUUAGUUGACCACACCACACAAUGGCACAAUCACUUUGGGAUUCACAAACCCUUUUCUUGUUUUUUUUGUAAGCUUAAAAUAUUUGUAUUAAUAUCCUAAAAUGAGCAGCAUCCUUUCACAUAGAGUUGCACCGUUUUAAUUUAUUUUGUGUUUUUCUUUUUUUCCCUGCUUUUUUAUUGCUUUCUAGGCUCGAUUCUACUGUUUUAGAACAAUUACAGAAGCUUGCUACUUUCUUUUCUUUGGUUAUUGUGUAUUGCCUCCCACACCCUGUUGUUUUUCUCCUGAUGUUCGAUUUCAAUAGGGCCCACCUGGAAACUUCUUCAAAAAUGACCCCAACAAGGUUCCAUUAAAGGUUAACAUGUGAUAUUUGACUGGAGCUUCCUGGUCAAAUGGAUGAAAAGUGGUCUUAUUAUUCACUAAUUGAAAAAAGUCUUAGGCUCCAAAUGUAUGAGUGCACAGAAUGAUGUCAUCAUGAACAAGCGGGAUGAAGAAAGCUAACGCUGUGGUCCAGGUUAGGACAUUAAAGCAGAUAAUGAUGGUGUGUGUGCCCCUUGGUGGGUGCCUUAUGUGUAUCUGCUCUUAAACUGGAUUUUCACACAUACACUGUACACUGUCACCAAAUGCGGUUAGUGAGAAACUGAUAGCUGCUUUUGGUUUAUUUUACUCCACUACAAAUAAAGAAAGGUGCACUUUUGGUUUUGGAUUUUAACUUGCUGUUUUUAUUUUGAUUUUUUCAUUGAUCAUUUUACUCCUUCACUUCUGAGCGGCAGACAAAAGCAAAUUCUUACUGUAUCAGAUAAAUGAAUGAAAGUGUACCAGCUGAAAAAUGUCUAUGUCAAAAUGACUUGACUGUUUCAUUUCCAAUGUUGAAAGAUGCUCUUCUUGCCCUUGGUGUUUCUUAAUUAAAAACAAAAUUCAUGUGCUA